UAGCGACCUGAAGCAGAAUACAGUUGUUUUCCUGAUUAAUUACCAGUAUGACAUCGAUAGCGGAAGAUGAGCCACUUUUGGAAAGAGCUGACGAUGGUUCUCAAACAAAUUCAGGACCAUCUUUCGGGACUCGUCAUGAGAUAGCCGGACUGGCGUUUGUUGGAUUCUUUUGUUCAUACUGUCUGCGCUUCAACCUCAGUGUAGCUAUAGUAGCUAUGGUGAAGAAUAGAGAAACGCCUGCGAACUGGACCGGGGGUGUUUGUACUGCAUCGAAUAGUUCUUUAAACCAGUCUUCUAUCAGACAACCGGGCGACUUCGACUGGGACGAAAAGUCACAAGGCGAAAUUUUGAUGUCGUUUUUCAUCGGAUACCUUCUGUCACAGCUUCCCGGGGGUUUGUUAGCAGAGACCUAUGGAGCCAAGCAUCUGUUCGGAUUCAGUGUUCUCUUUCCAGCAGUGAUGGCUCUCAUCACGCCUGUAGCCGUCAACCAUUUCGGAAAGAUGGCGCUAAUAACCUUGCGUAUCCUUCAAGGCCUGGGUGAGGGAGUGACGUUUCCGGCAAUGAGUGCUAUGUGGGGCAAAUGGGCUCCUAAAUUUGAAAGAAGCAAGUUAGCAGGAUUCACCUAUGCAGGUACACAGUUGGGCGUUGUGAUGGUCCUGCCUAUAUCCGGGUGGUUAUGCAACUCCGACUUCCUGGGAGGCUGGCCUUCGGUGUUCUACGUGUUUGGUGGUCUUGGAUGUCUGUGGUUUCUUGUAUGGUGUACGUUCGCAUACAACUCUCCGGCAUCUCAUCCAAGGAUAACUUUAGAGGAGCGGACUCACAUAGAGACGUCCGCGGGAAUCCAUACGAAUACGCGAACCCCAUUGAAGGACAUUCUAAGGUCUAAGGCGGUUUGGGGGAUUUGUGCUGGUCACUUUGCCAACAACUGGGGACUAUAUACCAUGCUGACCACUCUACCCUUGUACAUGAAACACAUACUCAAGUUUGAUAUCAAUGUGAAUGGUGUGUUAUCGGCCGUACCCUAUAUCUUUUCGUGGCUAUGUCAGAUAGGAGCAGGUCCUCUGGCCGACUACCUGCGUAAAAAUCAUUUCCUUUCAACCAAAAAUACAAGGAAACUGUUCACGGCAUGUGGAUUAAUGUUACCGGCUGGGUUGUUGUUUGGUGUUGGAUUUUAUCGUGGCUGUAACCAUAUCAUCAUUAUUGUUCUCCUGACGUUGGCUGUGGGCUUUUCUGGCAUUACUAAUGGCGGUUUUUUCGUAAAUCACAUUGACAUUUCGCCAAAUUACUCCGGGACGUUGAUGGGAAUCAGUAACUGCCUGGCCACCAUCCCGGGUAUCGCUGGGCCUCUAUUAGUCGGAAUACUCACUGUACAUAACCAAACCCAAGAGCAAUGGCAGAUAGUGUUUCUCAUCUGUUCCGGGGUAUAUGCGACAGGGACAUUUCUUUACUUGCUCUUAGCAGAGGGCUCCGAGCAGCCGUGGAACGAGCCACGUGGUGAUAUUUUUUCAAGCAGAAGGCUUAAUCCCUAGAGAUGCUGUGAUGACAGAAAAAAUACAGGAUCUGAUUAUAUCAAAAUCCGGGAGAGCACGACCAAAUAAUUUAAAGUGACCCGGAGCCUACCACCUAUUCUUUUACAUUUUAUAUCAUUGAUUGACGAGACUGUUCGUUUCAUAAGGUUUUGAUGGAGUGCAUAACAUUCAUGGACUUAUGAUUCAAAUUAGUAUUAAGUUUUUACAAAUAUUGAUUUUAAAAUCGGCAAAAAGAAAACAUGGUACAACGGUGUUAACUUACAAAACAUUAGUUGGUGUUGUUGUGUAAUCAAGUUUCAUUGGUUAAAACAUAAACAGUCAGCCAAUAAAACUGUCGGACGAAAACCACCACAUGCUAUCAAACUUAAGAGGACAUCACGUCACAAUGGACUGAUAUGAAGUCAAAUGAUCCUACAUUUGGUGAUCUGUUGACAUUUGCGAUGUCAGAUGAUAUCAAAACCAGAAUAGCGAUAACCACACUCUUACCGUUGUAUUUUCAGACUGCAGACGUAUUUCGAAAAAAUAAUCUGUCGCAAAUAUGUUUUCAUCGUGUCGCCAGUAAGACAAAACUCAGUCAUGAAUAAGGAGGAACCUCCCUCUCUCUCUCUCUCUCUCUCUCUCUCUCUCUCUC